GCGGUAGGUGAUGCGGUAAGGGAAAUGCGGGAGAGCUCUUGACGCGUGAUUAGCGUACAUGAUAGCAGCUGUAGUGCCUGCGGAGAGAACCUUGGAAGCUACCUAAGCUACCUAAGCUACCUGUGCCAAGCAAGGGAUCGCGUCACCUGCAACUGCCCGCCUCUCGUCGCCAAUGCCUGUUGCCAAUGCUUGUUGCCGCCACUCGAUCUACUUGACUUCAAACAAACACGACGAGCAUCACUACAGCUGACCAUCACAUCGCCAUCUUGCCUCGUCAUUCCAUCUCUCAAUUGCUGCGUCGGACGAGCAGACCGGCCUAAUUGACCUCUUCUAUCGACCAUUCCACGCCCGCCCAUAGUACCUACUGUGCCGCCAUCCAACAAGCCAAGCUUCACUCCCAUCUAUUCUUAUUGUAGCACCAAUUGACUAUCCAACGAAGUGAACAUCCAUCAUGGCGGACUCGACUCCCGCUGACACCUCCACCCUCUCCGCCGCCCCAUCUGCCAUCCCAUCAGCCGUCGCUUCCACCGUCGGCACACCUCAAUCCAUCCCUCCGAUGGACCCCGAAGAGCGCGCAAAGUCUCUGAACGUGUCGCUGGCCGACAUGGUCGCCAAGGCCACUGCUCUCUACCAAUCCAAGAAGUAUGCCGAAGCCGCUGAGAUCUUCUCUACUGCUACUGAAAGACAGGCUGAACUCAAUGGCGAGAUGGCACCCGAGAACGCCGAUGUCCUGUUCCUCUACGGUCGCUGCCUCUUCAAGGUUGGCCAGAGCAACAGCGAUGUCCUUGGCGGCAAGGCCCCCGGCGAGAAGAAGAAACCAACCAGCGCCGAUAAGUCCAAAGCGAAAAAGGCUCAAGCUGAACCCGCCACUACCGAUGCGCCCGAGCCGGAGAAGUCCACGGCGGCUGAGGCUGCAGAUGAUGGCGUUGCUGCGAUAGCUAAGAAUGCCGGUGCUGAAGAGGAGAAGUUACCUGACGCGAAGAAGCCCUUGUUCCAAUUCACUGGAGAUGAGAAUUUCGAGGACUCCGGUGACGAGGAUGAAGCGGAUGGUGAGGGCCAAGAAGAAGAGGAAGAAGAUGACGAUCUGGCUGUCGCAUUCGAGAUCCUUGAACUCUCCCGUGUUCUCUUCGAGAAGCAACUCGAGGAAGCUGCUACCACAGAUGGACCUGACAAGGAUGUCACUGCCGACGAAAAUAAACUUGUGCGCCACAUGAAAGAAAGACUCGCAGAUAUCCACGACCUAUUAGCCGAGAUCUCCCUUGAGAACGAGAUGUUUCCCGUGGCAAUCAAAGAUUGUCGCGCAAGUCUUAAAUACAAGGAGGGGCUUUACACCGAAGACUCAGAGAUCAUUGCCGAAGCUCAUUUCAAGCUAUCUCUCGCUCUUGAAUUCGCAUCCAUGACCACGACAGGCGACGACAAUGCUGCGGCCGAAUCCAAGACCGUUGACGAGGGCAUGCGAUCAGAGGCGGCCGAGGAACUAGAGAAGGCCAUCAACAGCACGAAGCUCAAGCUCCAAAACAAGGAGGUGGAGCUCGCGACGUCCCACGCGCCCGAAGAUAACGACGAGACAAGAAAGCAGAUCACCGACGUCAAGGAGGUUAUCGCGGACAUGGAGCAACGGCUUGUCGAGCUCCGGAAACCACCUGUCGACAUGGACGCCGCCUUAGGUAAGGACAACCCACUGACCGGGCUUCUCGGCCAAGCUCUCGGAGAAUCAUCGGCCGAGCAGACCGCUCGCGUCGAGGAGGCGAAGAAGAAUGCCAAGGACCUGUCGGGUCUCGUCCGCAAGAAGGCCAAGGAAGAACCCAAGCCCGAGCCCGAGCCCGAAGAGAGCAAUGGCAAGCGAAAGGCCGAGGAGCCCGCGGAUGGACAGGAAGAUGCCAAAAGGGCGAAAACAGAGGAACCCGCUGCUUCUUCUUCUGCUGCUGCUGCUGCUGAAGCGUAAGAGCCCAUGCUAUGCUAUGCUGUCUUUGGUCCCGUUGAUUAUUUAUCAUCCACAAGACUCUUGACACAACUACACAAAUCACAUAAUCUGUACACUAUAAACCACGGCUUAGUCACUAAGUACUAGCUUCAUGGUCAAAUUUAUCUCUUUAGGGGAGAGGGAAGGGAGAAAAUGGCACACGGAGAGCUGCAACUGGGUAUUCGGCGCAUAAGGAUAGGACAGGAAAGGCAAAUGCAGUUAGUCAGUUAGUUUGACUUUUGUUCGUGUUUUUUUUUUUUUUUGGAUGACAAAAAGUAAAAGUAAAAUAUGCUUCCUAUGGAUAUACCUAUCCUGUUCGGGGGUGCGAUUCAAGUCUUGAUGCAAGAAAUAAAAUAAACUACCUAUCUACCUAGGUAGGUAUUUAAAAGCUGUAUGUAUGUUAUGUUAUGUGUGCUUGGUUAAAAUGUUGGUUGAAUUGAAUAACUAUUGUCUUUGUUUGCAUUAGUGAGUAUGGUACCGGUAGGGUGAUGUAUUAUCUAGUACUGAUGAGAUGAGG